AAAUUUUUGAAAUAAAAUAUAAUUAUGACUUCUCCCUAAUAUAAACACUAAACUACAUUUUAUUUAAGUUAAUAUUGUUUUUUAUAUUAAUAUCGUGACUAUAUAGCAGGAUGUUUUGGAGGAUUUGCACAAGCCCUUAUCGGUUAACCAUUUGACACAAUAAAAGUCCGUUUAUAAAGUUCAUUAAUAAAAAUAAAUGCGGCUGAGACAAUAAAAAACCUAAUAAAAAACGAAGGUCCUUUAGCAUUAUAUAAAGGUGUCGGAUCUCCUUUAAUAUGCAUGAGUGGUGUCGUUUCUAUAUAAUUUGGAGUAUUUUAAAAUACUAUAAAUACAUUCUAGAAAAUCUAAGAAAUUAAAAACUUACCAAUAUAUUAAACAGCUAUAUGUGGGGCAAUAAGUGGUGCGGUAGCUUGUAUAGUAUUAGCUCCAAUGGAGCACAUAAGAAUAAGACUAUAAGUUAUGAAAGAUAGUAAUAAUAAAAGCGCAAUAUCUGCUUUUAGUAAUAUAUUUAAAUAAUAUGGAAUAAAGGGAGUUUAUAAGGGUUUUUUUAUUACUUUAAUGAGAGAAACACCCGCUAUGUUUAUUUAUUUUGGAAUAUACACUAAACUUUUGAGAGAUAUUACUUAAAAAUAUAGUGAAAAUCAAGUUUUGGUAAGUUUAUCGCCUCUUUUUGCAGGAGCUUUUGCUGGUAUAGGUUAUUGGAGUUUUACUUACCCUAUAGAUACUAUUAAAUCUAAAAUUUAAACCGACAAUUUUGUUGGAGGAAAAUAUAAAGGAACUAUUGAUUGUUUUAGAUAAACUAUUAAUUAAUAAGGAACUGCUUAGUUAUUUAAAGGAUUUGGAGUUGCAAAUAUGAGGGCUGUGCCUGUAAAUGCAGCAAGUUUUUUCCUUUAUGAAAAUGUUAAAAAAACAAUUGAAAGUCACACUUAAUAUUGAGAAAAAAAGUAUUGUGUUUUAUUUUUUUUUAUAUAUAUUUUUUAUUUUUUUGUUUUAUUUGUAAAAUUUAUAUAUAUGCUUUUUAUUAUUUUAUUAUUAUAAAAACUAAUGUCUUUUUUGAUUU